UCGCGCACGCGGAAGUGGCUUAUCUGAGGGAGAGAGACAAAGGUGUAAAGAAAGAUCAGCGCAGACGGCUUUAUUUUAGUUUUCAGAAUCACCACCUUGCUUUUACGCUCUGUAAACAAGGCGCAGAGGGUUUAAUUUUUAAUCGGCGGGAGUUUCUGAGUUUAAUUGUUUAAUUGAUGGUGAUGAUGACAACGCUACGAGGUCCUCAGUCAACAACAACACGGCUACUGCUGCUGCUGCUACUGGGUGCAACAGGAUCUUGGGCCUUCACUGCCACCACCAGCACCCCUAAAGUGGACGUGGAGGAGAACAAGGGUGCUGAUUUGAAGUGUUCCCCGUCGGCUGACUUCGGGUCGGAUGUUCGCGUGGAGUGGAAGUUUCAGAACACCGGUGCAGCGCAAGUCAGUCUGGUCAUAUACAAGGGCAAACCCACAGAGCCGUAUACUGGUCGUGUUGAGCAGUAUAACGGAGGUCUUCGUUUCAGCCGGGUGACUCGUAAGGAUACUGGAACAUACAUAUGUGCUGUGGCAGGGAAUGGGUACUCAGCUGAAGCCAAAAUCGCACUCACUGUAUUGGUUCCUCCCUCGGUGCCAUUGUGUCAUAUUCCGGCGUCUGUGCGUUCGGGUUCCAAUGUGAAGCUGACCUGUACCGACAAGGAAGCAUCACCCCCAGCAACCUACAAGUGGUACAAGAGCAAGGUUCCCAUGCCAAUCGAUCCCAGCAAGUUCCCCAACUAUAAGAACAUGAGCUACAAACUCAACCCCAACAAUGGAGUACUGGUGUUUCCGCGUGUGGUCCUGAUGGAUGAAGGGGAAUACUUCUGUGAGUCCACCAACAGCGCUGGACUGCCCAAACGCUGUGUUGCUGCCAGGAUGGCUGUUUAUGGUGUGAAUACUGGAGGCAUCGUAGCUGGUGUGAUCAUCCUCCUGAUUCUGAUUGCAUUGCUCAUCGUUGGACUCUGGUUCGCCCACCGCAAAGGAUACCUCACCAAGAUGAAGGAGAGAGUAUCUGGAGGUGGGCCGACAAACUCAGCUGUGUAUCGUCCAACAUCAGACAACGGAGAUGACGAGGAGGGGGAGUUCAAGCAGAAGUCUUCAUUUGUGGUCUAGCAGCACUAACACACACACACACACUCACACACUCUAAAAGUCAAGGUAAUUGGCCACCGCCGUGCACCUGGAACUACCAAGGACCAGUUAGGAGCAUAGCCAUAUGUAGCCAGCAAAUCAGGAUCAAAAUACAUUCACUCUCAGCCAAUGACAGAUUGUGGCCAUAUAUUGUCAGCCAAUCAGAAUCAAUAGCCAUUUACUAUCAGCCAACGAGAAGCCUCCGCCAUAUCAGUCAACAUGAUGAGCCAUUUUACUAUCAGCCAAUGGCAAUCCUCAGCCAUAUGUGUUCAACCAAUCAACAGGAGCCAUUUGGCUCACAGCCAGUCACAAUUGUCAACCAUUUACCAUCAGUGGUGGGAAACAUUAUGGUCCGGGGGCCGUUUACGGCCCGUGAGGCUGUCGUAUCCGGCCCCCGACAUGUCCAAUGUUAUGCAGUUUCACAUGAAAUAUGACAUGUUUUUAAAGAAAUGUUGGAAAUUAUAUUUGCAAUACAAUAAAGUUAUAUAUCAGGGGACCUAGGGAAGGUUGGGUCUGUUUUAAAGGUUUCCACAUUCAAUAUAGGCCAAAACUACCUUUUUUCCUGGUUUGUGUUCAUAGUACGGCCCAAAGAGGACUUUGAAGUGGCCCCUAAAUGAAAACUGUUUCCCACCCCUGUCUUAUGUGGAUCCUUAGCUGAUGAGGAACAAUCUGGAAUUGUUUAGUUUCAGUCAUGUUUUUGUUUGGAGUUUUACAUUUCUUUCUUUCCUUUUUUCUUUCUUUUUCUCUCCCUCUCUCUCUCUCUCUCUCUCUCUCUCUCUCUCUCUCUCUCUCUCUCUCUCUCUCUUGCUCUUAAUAACAUGAUGAAAUGUUUGCACUGUUUUAUAGAUGUCUCUGUCUCUCUCUCACACACUGACGUGCGUGCGCACACAAACACACACACACACACACACACACACACACACACACACACACACACACACACACACACACACACACACACACACACACACACACACACACACACACACACACACACACACACACACACAUUCUAGUGCCUUGUGGUCUUCAGGGUUGUUAUGUGUUUUAUUGUAGAUAACUGUUUUUUAAAUGGUUUUUUUUAGAUUCAUGUUGUUUUAUAGCACACACACACAUACACACAUUCUUUUUCUAAUACUGUCUUUGUAUAGAUGAUGAUGAUAGGACUGUGCUUCAUAAAAGUUGUUGACAUAGCUGUUUUUACGCUGUUGCUUUUAUAUAGAUGAGAUUGUAUACACACACACACACACACACACACACACACACACACACACAUAGGUAUAGAGGACGAGGCAGUGGUGGCGUUGCUUUGUAAGUUAUUUGCAGAACUGUAAGAGCAUUUUAUGAAUAAAAUAAUGUCGAUU